AUGGGAGCCAGUAAAGGUCUAGUUGCCGAGAAGAUUUUCACAUCAAUGGCCGAGAAUGGAAACCAAGCUGAUUUUGUGCUAUGUAUCGGCGAUGAUAGAUCUGAUGAAGACAUGUUCGAGAUAAUUGGCAGUGCAAUGAACGGUGGCAUUCUCUCUUCUAAUGCAUCAGUGUUUGCUUGCACGGUUGGACAGAAACCAAGUAAAGCAAAAUAUUAUUUGGACGACACAAAUGAAGUCAUAACCAUGCUUGAAGCUCUUGCAGUAGCCUCGGACCCUGCAGAAUUUGAAGCUGGAAGCUCCCCUUGA